CCCGCAACCACCGGCAUCAUCGCCAUGACGACGGCGGUCGGGCCCGGCGAGCUGGUGUUUGAGUUUGCCAGCAAUGGGAUGGACGAGAUAAGUCAGCUGGAUGACCCGUCCGUGUUCCCUGCGGUGAUCGUGGAGCAGGUGCCAGCCGCUGACCUCAUGCAGGUGUACUCAGGGCUGGAGUCAGACGAGGUCGCCAACGGCAUCAUGGCCGACGCCACCCUGGAUGUGGUGGAGGAGCCCAUCAUGGGCGGUGACGUUGGCCUAUCAGAAACCACGGUGUCUGGUGCGGAGGACAACAUGGAGACUGUGGAGGCCGCGGAGGUCCUGCUCAACAUGGAGUCUCCAAACAACAUCCUGGACGAGAAGCGCAUGAUUCACCCGUAUGGCACCUUGCUGGAAUCGGACCUCAGUUACAUCUCUUUACGACCAGACCAGCUGUCCUCCAUGGACGUGUCCCUGGACGAGGAGACGUCCUCCAUGGACGAAGUUAUGCACAAGAGCCCCUCCAAGCCACCCAAGAAAAAUAAAGUGCGAAAACCGCGGGCAGUGCGGCCAUGCUCCCCCAUCACCAAUCCCUCGCUGCCACUCAAGAAAAAGAGCAAGGAGGGCAAAGGUAACACCAUCUACCUGUGGGAGUUCCUGCUGGCCCUGCUGCAGGACAAGAACACCUGUCCCAAGUACAUCAAGUGGACCCAGCGGGAGAAGGGCAUCUUCAAGCUGGUGGACUCCAAGGCCGUGUCCAAGCUGUGGGGCAAGCACAAGAACAAGCCCGACAUGAACUACGAGACUAUGGGACGGGCGCUCCGGUAUUACUAUCAGCGGGGCAUCCUGGCGAAGGUGGAGGGCCAGCGACUGGUCUACCAGUUUAAAGAGAUGCCCUCCGACCUGGUGGUCAUCGGCUUGACGGCGACCAGCCAGGACGCGGGCACUGCUUCGAACUCGGAGGCUGGCGGUCAUGUGGCACCCUAACGGUGGCCCGGCGUCGGCCGUGGGGGGCGAUCGUCGAACAGCCAGGGCAAGGCUGGACACGUGGGCUCCAGGGGGGUGAAGAGGGAGGCUAGUCCAGGCCUGGUGUACCAGGGGGGCGACGGCAAGCCAGAGCAGCAGCAGCUGCUGCAAACGGUUCACGUGCUCCAGCCCAACCAGGGCGCCGCUGUGCCUGCACAGUCACACUCCGUCAGAACCAUCAACAUGCCAGCCACUGUCCCCAUGGUCCUGACGUCCAGCUCCCAGGCGGGCGGCUCCGUCACUCUGCAGACUGUGCCCCUGACCACUGUCCUGGCCAAUGGUGACGGCGGCCACAGCUCGCCUCCCCGGGUCAUCCUGCACACUGUGCCCUCCACCAGCCCCGGGGGCAAAGACGUGCUGACCAUCCAGACCGCCUCGCUGUCCACGGGCACCGGGGGCAACCUCUCCAGUGGCGGCGGCGGACUCCACGAGGGCCUGCUGGUGACCAGCCUGGGGUCGGCCGUAGGAGGAGGAGGUGGAGGAGUGAUGACCAGUGCCGGCUCGCUGAACGGCCUGACCCGCCUGGUGACGCUCAACGCCAAUGGUCAGCCUGUGGUGGCCCAGCAGCCCGGCACGGUCAUCGCCACCGUGUUCAAGCCUGGCGAGCUGCAGGGCCUCUCGGUGAAGGAGGAGAUCCUGGAUCCCUUCUACCUGCAGUCGCUGGUCAACUGCGACCCAGGGGCCGGCGGCAUCUACGUCAAAGAGGAGAUGGACGACGGCUAUGGCGAGCUCACGUACAGGACUGUGAUCUUCACUCAGGACGACGGCAUCGCUAACGGCGACAGUCUGGACGCCAACGGCAUGAACGGACACUCGGACGCCUCCUCGGGCGUUCCUCUGGCCAGCAGCCCCAGCGAGGGCCUGACUCCCGUCGAGGAGCUGGAGGGGGUCAGCGAGCCCAAGGAGCAGAUGGUGGAGGUCCCCGUCAGCGUUAGUCUGCCCACCUCCGACUUCAUCCAGAUUAAAACAGAGAUGUCUGAGACCUAGAGGCAACAUCACCCUAACCCCAACCGCCCCCCCCCCCCCUCAACCCCUCCAUCCGCAGGCAUCUCAGAUGGAGUAUGGACACAAUCACCCCCCCACCCUUAACAAAAAAUGUCUAUUCAAAAGAAAACCAAAACCUGACUGCUGUUUUUUUUUUUCUUUCAAAGUUUCUUUCAUCAACAGUCAACAGUAGCAAAUUACAAAUUUGUAAUUUAUUGCUCUUAACGAAACAACAACAAAAAAUAUAGGCCCCUUGCCGGCCGAGGACAUUUGUUUACUCAUAAACUAUGUGAACCAGUGCCUACAUUUGAACUGCAAGGGAUAGCCUUUUUUGCAGAUGUCUGUUUGAUAUUUGGAAGGGGUAGGGGCACUAGCCCCUCUUCCCAUCCACAUGAACAUUCCCCAUCAGGAACGCAGCCAUUUCAGGAGCAGGGACCACCCGACCAAAUGUGCCAGUGAGAAGCUUAAGUCAAGUCAUCUCUUGUCCCUUCCCCCCCCACCACCCAUCAACCAAAGAACGUCACGGGAUGCAACUGAGUUGUCGGUAAUUGAAAACUCUGGUGACGGCAAAACCAAAACACAACCCUGUCGAGGACACUUUGAUGGCGUGCAGAUAGAAAGACUGUUGUUAAACUCAUCAGACCAGCCACCAGGUCUUCCACCCAUGGUGUGACUUACAAAUCAGACCAGCCACCAGGUCUUCCACCCAUGGUGUGACUUACAAAUCAGACCAGCCACCAGGUCUUCCACCCAUGGUGUGACUUACAAAUCAGACCAGCCACCAGGUCUUCCACCCAUGGUGUGACUUACAAAUCAGACCAGCCACCAGGUCUUCCACCCAUGGUGUGACUUACAAAUCAGACCAGCCACCAGGUCUUCCCACCCAUGGUGUGACUUACAAAUCAGACCAGCCACCAGGUCUUCCACCCAUGGUGUGACUUACAAAUCAGACCAGCCACCAGGUCUUCCACCCAUGGUGUGACUUACAAAUCAGACCAGCCACCAGGUCUUCCACCCAUGGUGAAAGAACAGCCGGAUAUCAGGGGAGUGACUUACAAAUAAAACAAAAAAAAAAUAGAAGAGAAAAUAACAAAACAAACAAACCAUGCCUCACACACCUAAACUGAACAGUGCCUUAAUUAAAGCAAAGAGGGAGGAUGUUGGUUUGUCUCACCAUACUGUGCACUCUCUCAGACUUUCUUUUCAAUUCAAGGUGCUGCCACCUCUCGCACUAUGGGCGUGACUCACGGCUCUGUGACUUGCA